AUGGCUAAUUCAUCUUUGCUUUGUUUGUUAUCUAUAUAUGUGAUGAAGUGUAACAGCUUAGAGAUUGGUGGGUCUACUAAUAAGAAGCCAAGGCUUCAACCUUCUCCUUCGUCACACUCAACCCUCAAGGUGAGAAAGGAGAAACUAGGAGGCCGGAUCGCAGCGCUUCAUCAGCUAGUAUCUCCAUUUGGCAAGACUGACACAGCCUCUGUCCUGUCGGAAGCUAUUGGAUACAUUAGAUUCCUUCACAGUCAAAUUGAGUUGCAAGGAGACAGGAGUUGCUUAUUUCCUGAGGACCCUGGUCAGCUCGUAAAUGAUCAGUGCAUGAAGAGAAGAGGAGCAUCGACUUCGUCUACGGACAGUCAAAAGGGAAAUGAAGAAUCUACGAAAGACCUGAGAAGUCGAGGUCUAUGUCUUGUUCCGAUCUCCUGCACACUACAAGUCGGCAGCGACAACGGCGCUGACUAUUGGGCUCCGGCACUCGGCUCCGCCGGUUUCCAUUAAUCAAUGAAAUUACGCCACGUCGAACUCCAACGAUAGAGAAAAUGAUAUAACAUCACGAGCAGUCAGUCUACUGAGAUACCAACAAAUUGAGUUUCCAAGGCUGAUUGCUCAUGAUGCUAUACAAAGUACUUCACUUGAAACUUUGCUAGAGAAUUUGCGUUUGGGGUUUGAUGAAUAUGCUUUUAGCGUUUUAUCAUUUGAUGUGUUGUCAGAUGAUCAAGCAUUAUGUUCUUGCUUUAGGAAUCUGUUUGCUUUUUUUUCACCGGUUAAUUGUAAUUUGUGGUAAAGUACUUAUUUUUAUUACUUCCACGUGGUUUGUAUCGUUAAUUUGCUAUUAUUAUCUUAUAAUAUGUUUAUUGUGUGGAACUUAUAUAACUUAAUAUAUAACUGAAAUACAUAUUUAUAAAGACGAUUUGCCUGGA